AUGGCGCGACCCGCCGCGAUCCCAGCCACACUCUUCAUCCUCGUCUCGCUCCUGGCCACCCACUCGCUCGCACAGCAGCAGGCCGCCUGCUCAAACUACGGCUCACUCCUCUCGAACGGCACAUGCGGCUGUCCACCCGGCUUCGACCCCGCCACCGCUUGCACCCUCGCAGCGUGCGACAACCCGCUCGAGUCCAACUUCGCUCGUCAACCCUUCUCCGCCGUCCUCGCGGGCAACGCCAGUACAGGCUGUGCGAGGCAGUGCACGAGCGGGUUCGCCGGGCCCAACUGCAACGUCUGCACGGGGAACCAGGCGUGCGCGAGUGCGCUCCAGGCCCUCAAUGGAGGAGGAGGGGGCGCUGGCUCGUCGUCGAACGGGAUGAGCUUGACGAACGGGCUCGGAGAACCGGUGUGCAGUACGGGACCGUGGACGUGGACUGAGGGAUUUGCGAGCUGCGACGUCGUAAACCCAACCCUCCAAUCCGUCUUCGCCGGCUCCACAACCCUCACAAUCCAAAAAACCGUCUCGCCCUCCCAAUCCCUCUCCUCGCCCUUCGGCACCAACGGCACCAUGACCGCCCAACUCUGGUACGCUUCCUUGAGCGGUAACACGACCGUUGUCGAACAGUUCUUUUGCACGGCGGACCAGUGCGCGCAGACGAAUUCGACGACGACGGGUAAUGCGGAGGGAGAGGUCGACUGGACUUGUCAGAACCUCCGUUGCACGUGUAUCCCCGGCACGACAUUCUGUGGCGCUCCUGGCUCGCAACUCGAUUUGACGAGCACCAUCGACGGCUUGUCGGGCGUAUUGGACAUCACCUGCGAUGCGGCGACGGGCACGCAGUGCGCGUUCAAGCAGGAUGUGUUGAAGACGCUUUUUGGUGCGAAUGGGUUGGCGCUGAGUGGGUGUAGGUGGGGUGAGUGCGUCUUGCCCGGUACGAUCAGUGCGCUGGCAGACGCGCUGGCGGGGAAAGGGACGAAUACUGGAGGAGGAGGGAGCGGGUUGAGUGGUGGAGUGAUUGCGGGAUUGGCGGUCCUCGGAGGCGUCAUCGGAGCGCUGCUGGUCCUCCUCGCGCUGGGCAAGGCGAGCCAGAGGCGUGCGAGGAAGCGCGCAAGGGAGGAGGACGAGAAGGCUUUACUCGUCGCCUCAAACGGAGCGGCGACCCUUCACUCGGGCGCAGCGGGAGGAGCCUCGUCCGGCUCCGCCUCCUCGUCGUCGCAACAAGACGCCGGCGAGAAACUCGAACUACCGCCUUCUCUUCCCCCAAUCGGCCUCGAAUGGUCCAACCUCUCCUACUCCCUCUCGCCCACCCCUCACUUCUCCUUUCUGCCCUUCAGCUCCUCCUCGACGCGACCGAGGGAAGGAAAACAGAUCCUCUCGUCCCUCUCGGCACGCGUCGAGCCAGGCUCGUUCGUCUCAAUCUUGGGACCCUCGGGAGCGGGGAAGAGUACGCUCGUUGAUCUACUCGCUGGGGUACGCAAGAGCGGGAAACGCGAAGGGAAGGUCGAGUUGGUAGGUGUUGGAGAAGGGGAGGACGAGGUUAGGAUUGGGUAUGUCGAUCAGGGGGAUGAGUUGCCUGAGACUAGUACGGUUAGGGAGGCGGUCAUGCUGGCGGCGGAACUCAAGUUGGGAGAGAUCCCGCAUGAGAAGAAGCGCGACCGCGUCUUCGAGGUCCUCACCCAACUCGGACUGCUCGACGUAGCCGAUAGUGUCAUCGGCAGUCCAGAGGGGAGCGGGACCCGCGGGAUUAGUGGUGGAGAAAGGAGGAGGGUCAGUAUCGCGCUCGAGUUGGUCGCGAGACCGGCGGUGUUGAUUGCGGAUGAACCGACGUCGGGACUCGACUCGACUUCCGCCCUUCGCAUCCUCACCGCCCUCAAAGCUCUCACCCUCCCAUCCCCUUCCACCUCCUCCUCGCGCCCAACCCGCCGCACGACAGUCAUCUGCACGAUCCACCAGCCUUCGUCCCAGCUCUAUCACCUCUUCGACGACGUCCUCCUCCUCGCGCAGGGCGGGACGCAGUUGUUCUUUGGAAAGGCGGCGGGCGCGAGGGAGUGGUGGGAGGAGAAGGGGGAGAGGUGUCCUGAGGGGUGGAAUCCGGCGGAUUUCCUCCUCGACCUUGCGACCUCGCCGCCUGCGGCUUUCAUUCCCCUUCGUCCUUCCCCAACGACCUGCAAAUCCGCCGCCUCCCUCCCCGCCUCUCCCCCUCACGCAACCCACGAGCUCCCCUACACCUCCUCUCCCACCUCGCGCCCGUUCUUCCCAACCCCUCGCUCGUUGUUGCGCAAUACGAACGCGCAUCAGAGGGCGAGUAGGAAGCCGACUACGACGGCUAUGACGCAGGUUGAGGUGCUUGCGAAGAGGGAGGCGAGGAACUUGGUUAGGGAUAGGGGACUUGUCCUCAUGCACAAUGUCGUACCGAUGAUCGUGGGGUUGUUUGUUGGCGGGAUGUUCUACAAAGUCAACCUCACCAUCGGAGGCUUCCAAUCCCGUGUCGGCGCCCUCUUCUUCCUCGGCUGCCUAAUCGCCUUCGCCUCCCUUUCGGCCCUCUCGAACUUCGCGCACGCCAAGCGCAUCUUUAUCCGCGAGCGCGCAAGGGGCUACUACAGCCCCGUUACGUGGCUCGCGAGCAAACUCGUGUUCGAUAUCGUGCCGCUGAGGCUGGUGCCGACUAUUGUGCUUGCGACGAUCGUUUACUGGAUGGUCGGACUCGCGCAUGACGCCGCGCACUUCUUCAAGUUCCUCCUCAUCCUCAUCUUGUUCGCCAUCUGCACGACGCUGUGGAACUUUGUCCUCGCCGCCGCGAUCGACGACACCGGAUCUGCCAUCCUCGUUUCCUCCGUCCUCAACCUCUUCCAAAUGGCCUUCGCCGGCUUCUUCAUCAACCUCCGCUCGAUCCCGCCCGUCCUCCGCUGGCUGCAGUGGCUCGCGCCGCUCAAGUACGCCCUCGAGGCUGUCACGAUCAACGAGGUUGGCGCCGGGUUGAUGAUCGUCGACGAGCUGGCGGGAGCAAAGGUGCAGAUCUCGGCGGAGAUUAUCAUGCAGACUCUCUUCGGGUUCAAGCAGAACGCCUACUACCGCGACGUCCUCGUCCUCUUCGCUUUUAUUGUCGGUUUUGCCCUGAUCCUCAUUGCGACCGUCCUCGUCCGCCUGCGCGAGUUGCGGUAG